AUCUCCAUCGUCGCAGCUUGCUUCUCUCGUUCCCUCGGUGCAGGACCUCUCCGCCAUGAGACUGCUGACACACAACAUGAUGCAGUGCCACGUCAAGGGCUGCACCUCCAACAACUUCCCUCUGCGGUUGGAGGAGGUCGAGCUGGAGCAGAUUGAGGCUGAGUUCAAUCCCGAGUUCAUCGCCCGGCUCCUUCCCAAGAUUGACUAUCCCGCGCUCGUGGCCACGACAUUCUCUCUUGGCAUCGAUCUCCUUCCGCAGAACCCUCCCGCAGACGAUGUCUCGGAGGAAUUCCUGCGGAGGCUCCAUCAGGUGCUUCUCGAGAUCCGCGUCAAGGAAGGACGUAUGGUCUGCAACGGCUGCGGACAUGUCUUCCCUAUCAAAGACACCGUCCCGAACAUGCUCCUCCAGGACAACGAAGUGUGAUCUGUGAUAUCCCUCCCGCGCUCGCCCUGCGACCCGCCGCCUCGCGGCUGUACAUAGCCAUCUUGUCACCCAUUAUUGUAUCAUCACCACUAAUAAACGCACUCUCUUCAGCUGCCCUGCCCUCCCCACCUCUC